AUGCGGUACACUUCUACUGGCUCUCUCUUGGCUCUUUCGCUACUUGCUUCAUUGACGCAUGCCCAGUCUUAUUAUGAUGGUCAGAGGCCAGAGAUCGGCGAUCAUUCAAUCAACUGGCAAACGGAGUGUUCAUACUUAUCACCAGACACCCCACUGCCAUCAACACCUUUGCAAUGCGCAAAUUUGGAGGUACCGCUUGACUAUGUCAACCACAGCUCCAACGAUACAUUGUCUUUGACUCUAGUCAAAGUCCCUGCAAGAAGGGAGCCUGUUUUGGGAAGUAUCAUCAUGAACCCUGGUGGACCGGGCGGGAGUGGAGUGGAGGUUGCAAUCGGUAGGGCUAAAGAUCUGUUGACCAUCCUUGGAGACCACUUUAAUAUCGUCAGCUUUGAUCCCCGUGGUGUGCGGUAUACGCUCCCCUUUCACUGCUUUGAGACGGACGUUGCCCCUCCAUCAAAUCUAGGGAAUUCGUCCGAUGUGGCAAUAGGAGAAGCGUUUUCUGCUGGAGUGGCACAGUCUCAUAACUGUCAGCAGAGUAACUCGAACACUUCAGCUUUGCUUAGCACCGCAUAUGUUGCCCGGGACAUCAUUCGGAUAGUCGAUGCUCUAGGUGAAGAUGGCCUUCUCAGAUAUUGGGGUUUGUCGUACGGUACGAUUCUCGGAGCAACAGUUGCAUCCAUGUUUCCGGAAAAGGUAGGUCGACUUGUUGUCGAUGGUGUUGCGAAUGUGGUUGAGUAUUAUUACGGCUUGGAACCGUCGGCACUCGAAGAUCUUGAUGCGGUGGUUGAAGGAUUCUACAGCAGUUGCAGCAAAUCGCCCUCAACAUGUGCUUUGGCCUCGGACAAUUCUACAACUGAGUCUAUCGCAGCAAAAGUUGAGGACUUACUGUUGUCACUGAAGUAUCAACCAAUGGUUGUCGUCUCGGAUGACAAUAGUACCGAGCUUCUGACAUACACCGCCAUCAAGAGUGCAAUGUUCAGUGCGCUAUACUUUCCUGCCGGGUGGAUGAAGCUAGCAGUUGCACUGCAGGCACUUACAGAAGGAGACCCAAGUGGCUGGGUUACCUACGUGGGCAAUGGUACAAACUCCGAGCGGACGCCAUAUGCAAUUAAUGGUAUCCGGUGUGGCGAAGCAUCUUAUCGUACGAACAAGUUAUCUAACCUUGAUACUUUCAUCGCGGAGAUCAGCAACGUGAGCGAAUUUGGAGGGCUCGAUAUCGGCCCUUUGAAUGAUUUGAUAUGCGCAUCAUGGUUGGUUAGGGCGAAUGAAGUAUACAAUGGAACAUGGGGUGUGCGAACAAAGCAUCCUGUCCUAGUCAUUGGUAAUACCUACGAUCCAGUCACUCCACUAUCUUCUGCACGCAAUAUGAGCAGUUUAUUGCCUGGGAGCGUUCUUCUCGAACAUCAUGGUUAUGGGCAUACCUCUCUCGCACAGCCUUCUCUUUGCACUGCUCGAAUUAUGCGUGAAUAUUUCACGAACGGAACGUUGCCGAAUGAAGGGACGAUCUGUGAGGCGACCGUUCCGCUCUGGUCGAACAUGACUGAGCAAGAGGCUUUACAACCACUCAAUCCGAAUGGUACUGUCAACGGACUUGCAAGGAGAGAAGAUUUGAAUGAGGAGUUGUUGAGAGCAAUGAGGCGCCUUGCGGGCGCAUUCCCUGGCCCUCUUUACUAG